AUGAAAAGGAGAAGAAUAAAACGAUGCAUCUGUCAAUUUUUAAGCAAAUUAAAAUUAUAUUUAAGCAUAUGGAUAAAAAUAAAAAAUGCCAUAAAGUACGUGUUUGGCACCCUUAUCUUGAGGGAAAAGCUACAUUUUAGAACCUACAGGAAGAGGAGGAUCUGUCCUAGUAUGACUCUAGUGUUGGAUCUAGACGAAACACUUAUUUAUUGUACAAAAAAAAAAAAGUUCAGUCAUCAGAAGGAAGUAGAUGUGUUAAUCAAUGGGAGGUAUUUCUCCCUAUAUGUAUGUAAAAGACCAUACUUAGACCUCUUCUUCUCCAUUCUGAACCCAUUUUUCGAAAUCGUUAUUUUUACAACAUCCAUAAAGAGCUAUGCCGAUACAGUACUCAACAUAAUAGAUGUAGAUCAUUACAUAGACAAAAAAUUUUACAGAGAAGACUGCUUCGAAGUGAACCAAAAAAUAUAUAUAAAAAAUUUACAAAACAUAAAAAAAGAGGUCUCCAAAAUAGUCCUAAUUGAUGAUUCGAAUAUAUCAGGUUUGAAAUAUCCAGAAAAUUAUUUUCCCAUAAAAAAAUGGCAAGGAGAUUUAAAUGAUACAGAACUGUUAGAUAUUAUUCCUUUUUUUUUGAAUUUGAAAAAAAUGAGAGAUAUUAGGUACCUAACUGAUCGGGGGUGCAAUUUUUUGUAUUCACCAUCUCUUGCCUUUCAAGCCAUUAAUUAUUUGAAAAUAUUUAUGAAUCGGUUUAGGUAUGCCAGCUCUAAAAAGCAGUGGAAUGAAUUAGGGAAGAAAAUCAAUAGCAAGUUGAAGUCCUACCCCUUUUCACUCUCCAAGCUCAAGGGCUCCAGUGACGACGAGCAUCGCAAGCGCCACCGCAAGCCCGCGCCCAAGAAGGUGCAGCAGGAGCGGUGA